AUGGUAUUGGUGGAGGAAGGCGUAGAAGCGGAUCUUCCCAUUAAUCUGUCUAACAUGCUCGGACUGCUGGACCAGAUCGUGCCCAACAUCGAGCACAACAACUUUGGUUACCAGUUGGCCUCGGUGAGCCGGGCCAACCUGAGAAGCCGCUGGGAGUUGAACGUCAAGCUGGUUGACCUGCGCAACAACAAGGUGUACGAAGAGCCGGUGGGCUGUAUCGAGGUCCAGAAGACGGGCGACGAUACGGUCAAUUUCCGGGUUCCGCCUCGUGCGGAGCAGGACUUCCCCGGCAUGGCCAAGCUGGACUUCGACGGCGUCUACUACGGCUCUUUCUGCUGCCAGAUGAUCAACUCCUUGUAUGACCGGGGGUUAAUGCAGCUGCCGGGCAGGCUGCCGACCUUUUAG